AAAAUCAUAUAUAAAAAUUUUAAUCGAAAAACAUAGUUAUAAUUUUAUUAAAGAUAUAUGAAUUAUUUUUUAUUACGUUCAUUGUACUUUAGACCUACUAGAAUUUGUUAACAUUUAAUUAAUACUUAAUAAUAUUUGUAGUUGUUGAAAUAGUUUAUUUAUGAUAUAUUAGAAAAAAAAUUAAAAUGUCGUUUUUAGAAUGGCGCAGAUUCAAUUUUUUUGAUAUUAAUCAUAAUGCUGACUCUAAGCGGAUUUCACAAACAAUUAGUGGAUCUAAUAUAACUAUUACAAGUAGUGGACAUGGUCAUUUAGUUAUAUGUGAUGACAAUGGACUUGUGCAUUUAAUUACUCGAACAUUUCUUAUCACUACAUUUAGAGCGUAUCAAUUGUCUGUUCUUUUAUCUACACAACUUCAAAAUAACAACUUAUUAAUAACUAUUGGUGAAGAUGAAUUGGAUUCAUAUGCUUUGCUUAAAGUAUGGGAUUUGGAGCGAAGAGAUCGUCAAAAUAAUCCAACAUGUAUACGUACAUCUAAGUUACCAAAGUUAGAAAGAGCUACCACACUAUGUGUGACAGAUAAUCGUUUGUUGAUGGCUGUUGGAUUUAUAGAUGGUUCUAUAGUAUUAUAUAAAGGAGAUUUAUCAAGAGAUCGAAAUUCAAAACCAAAAGUAUUAAAGAACUUGGGUCAGGAAAUUACAGGAAUGGCUUUUAAAUAUGUUGUUAAUAAUCAAUGGUAUCUCUUUGUUUCUACGGCUUCGUCUGUCCAGCAAUUUAAUUUAUCUUCCAAAGAUUCUUAUCCCAUGACUGUCUUAGAUGCAGUUGGUUGUGAUUUUAAAUGUUCAGUAUUAGUAAAUGGUCCUGAUGGUCACUUUAUGAUUGCUAAAGAGGACGCAAUAUAUUGUUACACAGUUGAUAGCCGAGGUCCAUGCUAUGUUGUAGGAGGUCAAAAAAUUAUACUUCAUUGGUUUCGUAGUUAUCUAAUUAUAGUUUCUAAAGAUUCAGGAAAGUCUCAUAAUACUGUGACAGUUUCUAGUACUACAAAACAUUCUGAUGAAAUUGCAGCAGUUUCAUUAACUAUUUUAGACAUUCAAAAUAAAUUUAUAGUAUUUACUACCACUAUGCGUGAAAUUAUAUCUGUUUUGUCAGAGUGGGGAUCAUUAUAUGUUUUAACAGCUAGUGGUAGUCUAUCUCAGUUAAUUGAGAAAGAUUUGCAAUCAAAAUUGUCUGUUCUUUUUAAAAAGAAUUUAUAUGAUGUGGCAGUACGUAUGGCUAAGAGCCAACAAUAUGAUUCUCAAGCGCUUAUUAAUAUAUUUCGUCAAUAUGGUGAUCAUUUAUAUACUAAAGGUGAUCACAGUGGUGCUGUAGAGCAGUAUAUUAAAACAAUUGGAAAACUUGAACCGUCAUAUGUCAUUAAGAAAUUUUUAGAUUCACAAUAUAUUGAUAGCUUAACUACUUAUUUACAUGCUUUGCAUAAAUCAGGAGCUGCGACCAAAGACCAUACCACAUUAUUGUUUAAUUGUUAUUCAAAACUUAAUAGCUUAGAUAAACUCCAAGAAUUUAUUUUAGUCAAAAAUGAUAAUAUUGAAUUUGAUGUUGAUGUAGCUAUUAAAGUUUGUAGGAAAUCUUCACCAGAAAAUGCUCUUGCAUUGGCCAAGAAGCAUAACAGACAUUCUUUGUAUAUAAAAAUACUUUUAGAUGAUCAACAUGACUAUUCUGCUGCAUUAGAGUAUGUUAAAAAUCUUUCCAUUGAUGAAUCUGUGCAAAUUAUAAAACAGUAUAGUAAUGUGUUUAUGGAAAAUGUUCCCAUGGAUACUGUAAACUUCUUAAAGAAACUAUGUUCUGCAUGCUACUCUAACACUAAUGAAAAUACUCUAAUAAAUUGUGCUUGCCCUGAAGAUUUUAUUUACUUAUUAUUGGAUGAUUCUCAGCUUUUAGUUGAAUUUUUGGAUCAUUUCAGGGAUUUUUUAGGGAAAUGGUCAAUUUCAAUAAUUAACAUAUACAUUGAACACUGUUUAAUUGUUUGGAAAAAAGCAAAUAAUACUGAUAGCCGUGUUGAAAUAGAAAAAAAAAUUCUCAAUAUAUUAGAAUCAGCAGAUGUUAACUGUGAUUACUUACAAGUAUUAAUUUUGGCAACAUCAUUUGAGUUUAAACCAGCUGUUGUGUAUAUUUAUGAACAUAAUAAACAAUUUGUUAAGUUGGUCCAUUAUUAUUUGUCUCUGAAUGAUUACAAUGGUGCAAUUGAAUGCUGUAGACGGCAUGGUCAUACUGAGCCAAAAUUGUGGAUUAUAGUAUUUAAGUCUGCUAUAUCUGAUGAACAUUUUCCUUUGAAUGUUCUAGAAGAAGUAUUGAAUGAAAUUGAAAUGAAAUCUUUAUUGUCAUCUUACUUCAUUUUAUCAUCAUUAGCUAAAUCAAAAGUUAUUAAUAUUGGCCAUAUUCGAGCUUUUCUUACAAAUUUAUUUACUACUGAAAAAAGAACACUAGAAAAAGAUAAAGAAAUGGUUAAUAAAUAUGAAAAAGAUACAGAAAACAUAAAUAAUACUAUAGAAAAACUAAAAAACAAUGCUAUAGUUUUUCAAGGUUUACGGUGUAGUGCAUGUAAUAAUCAACUUGAACUUCCCAGUGUACAUUUUAUGUGUCAACAUUCCUAUCACCAACAUUGUUUCCAAGCUUUUUCAGAAAAUGAUGAUGAAUGUCCAGCUUGUAUUUCCAAUAACAAGCAAAUAAUUGAUAUAAUACGUACUCAGAGCAUGAUUAAAGAUCAUAAUGAAUUAUUCCACAGUCAAUUGGAACGGACUAAUGAUAGUUUUUCACUUCUUUCAGAAUAUUUUGGUCGAUGCCUAUUUGAUAAUGAUUCUGCAAUAGUUGAUAAACAGUUUUUUAAAUUUAAUACUGUUGUUCCUAAAAAAAUAACUCCUAAAACUGUUACCAACUCUGUAGAAAUACCCUUAGGAUCAAGCCCUAAAAUAAUUAAUUCAAACAUUUCAAAUAGUGUAGCAACUUUUGAACCAAAGAAUCCAUUUGAUGAAGAUGUUAGUAAUAUGGAUUAUGAUGAUAAUAAAAAUCCAUUUAAUGAUGAUUAUGAUGACAGUUUGAAUCCUUUUGCCAAUGAAGAUUAAAUCAAUAAUUAAACUCGAAUAAAAAAAAAAAUUUUAGUUUAAUAAUUUAUUUUAAAUAUAUAAAUGCAAUACAAUUAAUAAAAUAAAUAACUAAUAUUUAUUGUACAUAAAUAAUAAUAAAUGAAAUAAAAC